UGAACGUAUGAACUACUUCCUCUUCAUCGGAUGCAAUCCCCGUCCUAGUCGGGGAGCUUGUGUGAAAGGUCAUUUUGUUUAUGGGCCUUUUCAUUUUAUUGGGCCUGGUGUUUGGACCUUCAAGCAAGUAAGCCCGUCAUCGUUUAAAAUACAGAUGUCACCAGUUUUUUUUUUCCGCCGGCCAGGCAAAUGGGUUUCGACGGUUCGCAAUCGCAAACAUCACUGGAAAUGCACUAGCUUUCGCCGAUCAGGUGUUCGACAGAAUGCGUCACCGAGGGGUCGACGCCAGAUGCGACCAGUUUACCCACUGGCAUUAAACAGCAGGGGAUCAUAAACCUUAAUUGACUGUGGCCGACCUAAACUCGACAGAAGAGAAGGGCAUUUCCCCAACCCUCGCAACCUGUAUGUGCUCCAGCAGCGAUGUGUCUGUGCUCGUCGGGGAGACUCGUGGGCGCAGAGAAGCUGCUCAGCGAAAUGAUAAUCAACGAGGGAGGUGUGCCCCCCUCCUGCAACGUGCAAUUGCUUUAUCAAAGGGUAUGGAAGAAGGUAUUCUACGAGCUUCUUUAUGGAGAUUUUACUGGUUAAGGUUAGUGGGGAGCAUUCUAUACAUAUGGGCUGCUUUUUUUCUGUGGUUUAUUUCCAAUUUUCAUGCCACCAUUUUUUGAAGCUCAACAUGACGUUUAUUAUACCCACUAGAAAGGGCAAUUUUGAAGCUUUUGACCAACCUUGAAAUAGGGGUCCUUUUCCAUUGACUGUUUGAGUCUUCUGUCAACUUACAAUUUGUUGAAGGCUGGUUAGUUAGCGCAUGGAUGGAGGAAAAGUUCCUUCGAUGAUUAUGGCUUUUUUUCUGCGCCCACCUCUGGGCCUCCCAUGCACCAUUUUCUUGUCCUAAAACUUUCAGCCCUUUUGAGAGAAUGUUUUUUCGGCUUUUGGUGAGACAUGUGUGCUCUGCCUCCUUUUGAUCUUCUCACUACUUUGUGCUGUUAUUUGAUGGAGAAUGUUGUAGUUGGCUGGCUAGCAUUACUUUAGCAUAUAGUCAUAUGCUAGUGGCUGCCUUCCCUUUGUUUUUUUUGCAUGGUUUUGGAGGGGCACUCAUUUAAAUUACUGAACAGUGAAAUGAUAGUGAAGGUUUCUUUUUUGCAUGCAUGAGCAUGACAUUUGACUGAGCAACCCAACUGUGCACAUGCAACAUCCGAGUGCUUGCAAUUGCGAACAACUUAUGUUCAUGUCCAAUGAUCCGAAUUUAAUUCCUUUACACAUGAAUUCAUGAAUACAGUUUCAUUCCCAAUAUCAGGAAUGAAGUAUCAUGAUUGGCCAUUUAAGAACCAGAGUAAUUAUAGCAUAAUGUAGUAGCCAGUUGAACAAAUUACAGUCCAAAUGAUGGUCAUAAUUUUUUACUUUUGCUGCAUGCGAGCCUGAUGUAGUUAUGAUGUUACUGAUCUCAAACCUUAGUGUCAUUCAAAAUUGAAGCAAAAGGGAGUGGGAAGUUCAAACUGUAUUUUAAAUCUUAAACAAAAUCUCACUUUUUUCUGCUGCUAAUAAAGUAGAUGUUCAUACAUAAUCCAAGAGAUGAUUCUGAUUUCUGAUUACCUCCCUGCUUCUUGUCUCAUUUCUUUUCCUUUUUGCAAUUCUCUUAUUGAAAUUAAAAGGCUGUUCUCUACCUGUCUUUUUUAAGCCUCCCACAGUCUCAUGGGCGCAGAUUUGCUUCUUUUCAUGCAGAAGCCAAAAAGGCCAAACCAUUUGCGGAAAAAGCUUCAAAGGUGGACUUGCUUUCUACACACAUGGGAAUAGUCAAGAAAAUGAGUCAUCGCCAGAGGCCCCUGCUUUCCAAUAAGCACUGACUGCCCUACACUGGUAUUACUUAUCCCCCCAAGAGCAACUAACCAAUUUUUUGCCAACAUAUCAUAUUCUUUAGAUUCUCUUCUGAAACACAAUUUGGUGUCAGGUAAAAGGAAAGACUUACCCGAUAAUCUUUUUGAUUGAACCACUUGAUAAUACCCAGUCAGUGAACUUUGCUUUCCCACAAACCUGUGAGUGAGGUGUCAUGCAUUGAAGAAAAGCCAACCUCCUUUUGUUCCAUGGAAUGGAAAGUGAAUUAGCCAGUGAAAGAAAGUUACUUUCUUUUUUUAUGUGGGGAAGAAUUAACUUUGAUUGUUCUAUAUAAUAUUCAUAGCCUGUAAGUCAUAGUUUCAGGUAUAAGAAAUCUUGUAUCAGUUUAGAUUCCAUAAUUCCCCUUUUCCUCUGUUUCCUACUACCUCAUUUUUGGUGCUUGAACCUUCAUAAAGUCCUUCGUUUCGAUCAUUAUUCGUAAAAAAGAACUACACUGUCCUGAGCUUUGGAUUGGUAUUUUCUGGUGAUCGAAGGAAAAUGGAGCAGCUGCAGCUGCUUGACGACUGGAAGCUAUCCAAUCCAAUGAAAGAAACUCGGAAGAGUAGCUUAAAGCAAGAGAUUCUGGAGCUGCAGAAACAAUUGGAGGAUCAGUUUUUGGUACGAAGUGCACUUGAGAAGGCUGCAGUGGGUUACUGGAAGACUCUUCCCAGUCAUCAUCAUCAUCAUGUGUUCCACGAUAAUGUGUUUAUCCCUUCGCCUGCCAAGGAUCUGAUUAAGGAAAUAUCAGCACUGGAGCUUGAAGUUGUGUACUUGGAGAGAUAUCUUGUGUCUCUAUAUAAACAAAGGUGUUGUUCUUCCAGCGAGGCAGAGUCCCCUGAAGCUUUCAAAACAAAACAAGUUAGCCAAACCAGAAACAAUGUGGAGGCAGGAACAAAGGAAUUACCCCAAGCUGGGAAUUUGUUGCAGUUUUCAAGUAGCAGCAGCAGCAUCAGAAGAUGUUACUCAUCGCUGUCUCAUCGUUUCAAUACUGGUGCUGCUAUUUCUAGAGCCCUUGAUUCCCAUCACUCCCUUCCCUUGUCCUUGUUUAAGGAUGCAAGUUUGAACGGCGGCGGUGGUGGUGAUGGUAUGGAGAUCAGUCCAAAUUGGGUGUCGGAGGAGAUGGUGAAGUGCAUCUCCAGCAUAUACUGUGAACUUGCACAACCAAGCUCAAGGCUUGGAGUUGAAGGCUCAUCAUGUUCAUAUCAGUUAAGAGAAGUUGGAUGGAUGAGUAUAGAUGUCCACAAGAUACAACAUGUGCAGCAUAAGAUCCAGCACUAUAGGUCACUUGUAUCAAAGCUGGAAAGAGUGGAACCUGCAGAGAUGAAGCAUGGUGAAAAGCUGGCAUUUUGGAUCAAUGUCCACAAUUCGCUAGUGAUGCAUUCAUAUUUGGAGUAUGGCAUUCCAAGGAACAACAUUAGAAGAACAUCUCUAGUGCUCAAGGCUGCGUAUAAUGUGGGUGGUCGCACUGUUAGCGUAGAUAUGAUCCAGACCUCGAUCCUCAGAUGCAACUUACCUCGUCCUGCACAGUGGCUUAGAGUGCUCCUUUAUCCGAUGAGGAAACUGAAGAAUGGAGAUGCCAAGAGACCAUACUCCAUCACAACCCCUGAACCUCGUCUCUAUUUCGCACUUUGUACAGGCAAUCAUUCUGACCCUCCGCUUCGAGUUUAUGGCCCGGAAACAGUUUUCGAGGAUCUCGAAGCUGCAAAGCAAGACUACAUCCAGACAUCAUUAACUCUACACAAGCAAAAGAACAAAUUGAUGCUUCCUAAGCUUGUGGAUUGCUUUGCCAAGGAGUCUCAGCUUUGUCCAGCUGCUCUAACCGAGACGGAGCUGGACCAUCUUCUACCUGCAUCCGUGAUGAACAACAUUCGACGGAGGAUGCAUAAAAAACCGAUCUGCUGGGUUCCUCAUAACUUCAACUUUCGGUACUUGAUUUCGAGAGAAUCCAUGGGAGAUCCGGUUCAACCGAUUUCUUUCUAGUUUUUUUUUUUUUUUUUUGUCAUAGAUAGAUAGUUAAUUUCUAGGUUCAUGCUUGAUUCAACCAAUUAUAUUUUUGUGGUAAAAUGAGGUAUUAGCUACAUUGCAAGUGAGAUGUGUAAAUGAAAUCCACAAUGAUUCUAGGUAAUAGUCAUGUUUUUAGUGUGUUUUAGGUUUGCAUAAAAGGGAGGGAGCUGUUGUAUCUCUUAAAAUAUAUUAAAGGACUUUUGGAUUU